AUGGACGUUCGUCGUGUCUCUACAACUAAUAUCCGACCCGCGAGUUAUAUCAUUCAGCAAGCCUCCGACACUCAUAAACGGAUUGAUUUGAAUCCCAUGGAUCUAUUAUUUCUGAACAUUGCAUAUAUGCAAAAGGGUUUUCUCUUCACUAAGCAACACGAAGAAGGAAAAAGUAUCAAGGACAAGAUUAGUCAUCUUAAAACCUCUUUGUCACAUACCCUUGAUCAUUUCUUUCCACUAGCCGGUCGCCUUGGAAUCGAGAAACAUGAAGACGAUGGUAAUACGAUCUCCAUCUAUAUCAACUGCAACUCUGAAGGUGCAGAAUUUGUCCAUGCCACUGCAGACGUUUCCGUGGAGGACAUCGUCUCCCCGACCUAUGUUCCUCAAGCCGUAAUAGAUCGAAUGUUUUUGCUCACUGGGGUUAGAAACUGCCAAGGUCAGUCACAUCCUUUACUUUCCAUUCAAGUAACUGAAUUAAUUGACGGUGUCUUCAUAGGGUGCAGCGCAAACCAUUCAGUAUGUGAUGGUACAUCAUUCUGGAAAUUCAUUAAUGCAUGGUCAGAGAUCACUAGCUCUUCCGGUAAUCAUACUUAUUCACAUCCUUCUCCGGUUUUUGAGCGCUGGUUUAUCAACGAAACGGAUUGCCCUAUCCGUCUACAUCUCUCUUCCGUCCAUGACAAAUUAUCGGCAAAGAAAAAUAUCACAGGUACUGAUGAAGUUCCAUCCCUGGAUCUUGUAGAGAAAUGUUUUCAUUUCACUAAAUCUAACAUUGCAGCACUAAAAGAGAGGGCUAACUUAGAGAUCGUUUCUGGAACAAAACAAAAUAUGGUAAUCUCUUCAUUACAAGCAAUAUUAGCUUUUGUUUGGACGGCGGUAGUACGCUCCAGGAGCUGUUUAAAUGAUAAUUGGGAUGAAAGCCGAGAACUCGAACUGAGGCUAUUGAUGAAUAACAGAACUAAGUUGGUUCCACCAUUGCUGGAAACAUACUUUGGCAACUCAAUAGCAAGGGGAGUUGUUACUGUGAAGGAGGGUCAGCUGGUCAAGGGGUCGGGAUUCGGUUUCCUGGCUUCGGUAUUGAAUGGGGUGGUAAACUCCAACAAUUUUAAAAAGAGCAGAAAUUUUAUAGAAUCAUGGAUAGAGAAACCUUUAAUGCCAGUUCCUGGCGGUAAUACAGGAAUUGUUGGUAAUGUAUUUGUGGCUCGGAGUUCCCAGUGGUUCAACAUGUAUGGAAACAAUUUCGGUUGGGGACGACCUAUUGCUGUAAGGACCGGCGCAAAUGGAAAAUCUUAUGGAAUAACUACGGUAAAUCCAGGACCAGUUGAAGAAAGUGUUGCUAUUGAAAUUUGCCUUCCGAUUGAAGUUUUUAAGGCUAUGGAGAAUGAUGCUGAAUUCAUGGAAGCCUUUUCAUCUUGA